UCGCACUGAUCACUCACUUCCCUCCCUCUUCCCCUUUGUCAGUUGUUUUACACCUACUCAAAAUGGCAGCCCGAAUUCAAAUGUUGGUGCCUGUGGUAGUUUCCACCUGCCCAAGAGUUCUAGACAUUUGCAGCCACAAGCUAGAGCAUAACUAAGAAGAGAUUGAUAUAUUUCGUCUUGAAUGGAGAAAUCAGAGAAAAGAAGCAGCACUAGAAACGAGAGCAUUCCCUACUUGUCUCUAGAGAUUAUAUCAGAAAUAUUAUGCAAGCUUCCUAUCGAUUCAGUCGUGCGCUGCAGAUGUGUCUGCAAGGGCUGGUGUCACCUAACAAAAUCAGCCACUUUCAUCGAGCAUCUUUUGAGUAGCAAUGAUUACAAGGAACCGUGGCUCAUCCUUGAACCGUUUUGUGCGGAUGAUGACUCCACACAACCUUUUCUUUUGGUGGAUAUCGAGGGACGCAGGGUUAGACAGAUUCACAUUGAUCCGCUAAAAGGACUUUCGGCCAUGGGCACUUGCCGAGGAUUACUAUGUGUAGGUUCUUACUCAGCUCUUGAUCCUGUUUUUGUUUGCAAUCCCAUAACGAGGGAGUACAGAAGAUUGCCAACAUCAGGAGAAACAAUUAUGGGCGGUCAUCAAGUUGGACUCGGAUUCGAUCCUUCAACAGGAAAGUACAAAGCUCUGCGUACAUAUGUUAAUAUUGAAGGAAGAAGGUGCUUCGAAGUGACUACACUGGGAGCGAGUUCGUGGAGGAGAUUGGAUGUACCUGAAGGUUGGCAGACUUAUUUUGUAUACGAACCUGUAUUCUGGAACGGGGCCAUUCACUGGAAAGCUUCUGGAAAUGAACGUGACGUCAUCAUAUCAUAUGAUGUAUGUCAUGAGAAGUUUCGGAUUAUUUCAUUUACCCAAGAUGUUGGCCAAUUCGACCUUGGAGUACGCCACGAUAAUAAUAGUCAAUCGCUCCUACCCCCCCAAGGUUUUGUCCCUGAUGGAAAUGUCCCCCUCGCGACAACGAUCGAACCCAGUGAACUUGAGCUGCUAGGAUUCAGAGGAUGCUUGACUAUAGUAGAACAUGAUAACGAGUGGAUGAGAGAAUGGGAAGUGACGGGGGACAAAUUCGAAGACCUUUCCAUCUGCUUUUGGGAUUUUCAUGAUACUCACGUGGUGUGGAAUCCCUACAUGACUUAUAUAGUCAUUGGUAGGUUGAGCUCGGAAUGUUUUCUCUUACGGGUAAGUGCUUGCUAUGGUAACAUUUCCAACCGAAAAAUGCACUUCACAUAUUUCUUCCCGAAAAAGGCAAAUUACCUGCCGCUGGACAUCCCUAGCCUCCCUUCGAGGUUCACUACGAUUCGCGGUUACGAGCCUAGCCUCGUAUCACCCGAAACUGUGUGACUGAGAGUUGCUCUUCUUAUCUCCUGAGGCUAAACUUUUUAUUGUCUUCAGUUUGACCCUUUGUGAGUACUGUGUUUUCUCCCCUAUUUAGCCAGUUCUGUGAUUAUUCAAGCAGCUAUUUUGCAGAAAUAUAACAAGGGAUAAGCACUUUUAGUCUAGGAAUAACUCUUUUCCUUUAACAUUGCCAAUUGCAAGUACUGAAGGCUUGUUUGUGUUA